CCAAACAAUCCUGAGGAUGACGAAACCGAGGACGUCUUCUCCCGUAUCCUAAGGUUCAACAAAGGAUCCAUGGUGAAGCUGUACCAUGGGGAUAUUGUCAUGGACACAACCUACAGCGCUACCCAGUGCGCUAAUUGCCUCUGGCCCAAAUCUGAGGACGGCACAGUAAAGGUCCCUUACAAGCUGUCAUCGAGCUACAGUGGUCCAGAGAAAGCGAUAAUCACUGAAGCCAUGCAGACCAUCACAACAAUGACCUGCAUCCAGCUCGUGGAGAGAUCCACAGAGAAGGACUAUCUGAAUAUCCACUCGGGAAGUGGGUGCUGGUCUUCUAUUGGGAAAAUUGGGGGUGCUCAGGAGCUAUCACUGAUGAACACAGGCUGCCUGGCGCGCGGAAUCAUACAGCACGAGAUCCAGCACGCUCUGGGGUUUUACCACGAACAGAGCCGCAGUGACCGAGAUGAGCACGUCGACGUCAUGUGGCAAAACAUUGCCGAAGGUGAUUGGGGUGAAUUUGAGUUAGCUAACACAAACAACAUGGAUCUGCCGUACGACUACGCCUCAGUAAUGCACUAUGGAAGGUACUCAUACUCCAACACAUCUGGGCAACCGAGCCUCACACCCAAACCGGACCAGUCUGUAGAUAUUGGCCAGAGAUAUGGACUCAGCCCAUUAGAUGUUUCUAAGAUUAAGACGCUCUACAAUUGCGAUAAGUGCAGUUUUCUGUUGACGGGGCUGCAGGGAACUUUGGAUGUUCAGUCCUCCAUUUCGCCAUAUUCAGAAGAAACAGACUGCAUCUGGCUUGUCAGCGUCAACAGAAAUAAGGCAGUCCUGCAGUUUGAUAUAUUUGAUGUUUCACCUUCUGCUGGAUGUACUUCUAAUUACAUUACAGUAUAUGAUGGGCCAAGCAAAAAGUCCCCUUUGCUGUUAGACAGAGUGUGUGGAAGUCAAGAGCUCCCUCUUCUGGUAGCCUCAGGAGGCACCAUGCUGCUAGAACUUGUUGGUGAUAAGACGCUUACAUCCGCGGCUAACGUAAAGGCCUCCUACGGUUUAGUGGACUGCGGUGGAAUGUACACAAGUAACAAUGGCACAGCCACUUCUCCUGGUUACCCGGAUCUGUACCCAAACUUGUCAGAUUGCAUUUCCAUCAUAUGGGCUCCUGUGGGAUAUCGGAUUGUCCUGAACUUCACAACCUUCGAUCUGGAGUUUUCCAGCUCUUGUCUCUACGAUUACCUUAUAAUUAAUGAUGGGGGUAGAAUGGAUUCACCGCUGUUGGGCAAAUACUGCUGCAGCGUCCACAUACCGACCAUCACCUCCUCCGGAAACGCUCUCCUGUUGCAGUUCCACAGCGACAGCUGGUUCAACAAAGCCGGUUACUCCGCUUUCUACUAUUUCGUGCAAUAAACCCAAAGGAAGAGAAGACGCGUUCUCUCCAGUCUUAUCCUGGCGUGGUGCAAUAUUAUCCAAAUACAAUCUGAUACAGACGGAUAUUCUCCUGAAUUUACAGAUCAGCAAUGAUAUCCCGUUUCAUGCGUAGAAAGCUUUAUAAAGUGAUUGUAACUAAUUUGCAAUGUACCUGUACAUGAUUAAUGAGUAAUACACAGGGAAUA